AUAAGCUCUAUUUUCUCUUUCAAACAGCGCAAAACCGCAAGACGAUUAGUAUCUUUAACAUAUAAGUCAAAUAAGAUUAUAAAAUGAUAUUGAAGUUUAUUCUAUUUACUCUGCUAAUUAUUAUACUUAUUGAUGUUUUGUCGAAACUGUAUAAAUUUUAUGUUUUUCGUAAGACGAUUAAUAAAAUACCUGGUGAUGCAUCCUUCUUCAGUAACGUAAUCAAUUUCAACAGAUUACCUAAAGACGAAUAUCAUAAAGCCUUUUGUCAAUACACAGUUCGAUAUAAAGAAGGGAUUUAUAAAUUAUGGAUGGGAUAUAAACCAAUGGUAUACAUUUACAAGCCUGAAUAUGCAGAGGUCAUUCUCAGAAGUAGUACAAAUAUAAACAAACCAACUACUUAUGAUAGCUUAAAGCCUUGUUUAGGAAAUGGUCUUGUAACAUCGACUGGUUCUAAGUGGCACCACGACAGGAAAUUGAUUACCCCAACAUUUCAUUUUUCUAUACUCGAUAAUUACAUGACAGUAAUGCUGGAAAAGAGCGAAAUUUUGAUCGAUCGUAUAGAGAAAGAAUUGGGGAAAAAUAUUGGAAAAAAUGCAGUUAAUAUUUAUCCAUUGAUUGCUGCUUUUACAUUGGAUGUUAUAUGCGAAACCGCAAUGGGUGUUAACAUACAUGCGCAGGAUAAUACAUUUACUGGCUACCCCGGUUACAUACACAAAAUGACGAAUUCUAUAUUCUAUCGUUAUUUACGUCCUUGGUUAAAACUCGAUUCGAUAUUUGCAUUGACUGUUGAAGGGAAACAAUUUUAUUCGUCGAUCAAGGAAAUACAUCGUUUUAAUAGAGAGGUGAUAAAGAAGAAAAAGGAGGCUCGUCGAGAGAAAUGCCAAGACGAGAGCGAAUUUGACGAAUUAGGUAGAAAAAAAAGAAAAGCCUUCGUAGAUAUCUUAUUAGAUAUAAACGAAAAUCAUUCUAAUCAGUUGUCGGAGAAGGAUAUGGAUGAACAAGUAGCUACAAUAAUGUUUGCCGGUCACGAUACUAGUGCUAGCGCUAUUUUUUGGACAUUGUUAUGUUUGGCAACCGAGCCUGAAAUUCAAGAUAAGGUUUACGAAGAACUGAAGGAUGUAUUCGACGAUUUGGACGGUCCAAUUACGAUAAAUAUAAUUUCUCAAUUGAAAUAUUUGGAUAGAGUGUGCAAGGAAUCUUUAAGACUCUAUGCAGUAGUUCCUGAAUUUUCACGACAAAUAACUGAGGAAAUAACGAUAGGGAAAUACGUAAUUCCGAAGAACACAACAUUGUCAAUUCAUGUUCAUGGUUUGCAUCACAAUCCCGAAAUUUGGCCGAAUCCGGAAAAAUUUGAUCCGGACAGAUUUUUGACCGAUGAAACGCAAUGUAGACAUCCUUACUCAUAUUUACCGUUUAGCGGCGGAAUAAGAAAUUGUAUUGGACAGAAAUUCGCGAAUAUACAACAUAAAUUGGUUAUAGCUAUAUUGUUGAGAAAAUGGAUGGUCGAAUCUGCAUUUCUACGAAAGGAUAUCAAAGGGUUUCAAUCUGUCGUUUUCCGACCAUUGGAUGAUGUAUAUUUACAAUUUAUACCGAGAAAAUGAAAAGACCAAAAACAGAGAGCGAAAGAAAGAGUUUGUUUCUUUUUCUUUCGAUAAAAUUCAUAUAUCUUGAAUUACCGUUUAUAAAUUAAAUUCAUCAAAUUAAUUUCAGUUUCUACGAAUUACGAAUUUUCCGCAUUGAAAAUGGUUUAUGAAAUAGAAUAGAAAAAGAACUUACAUUUGAUAGGGGGUAUUCUUUAUUUUAAA